AUGGAGAACAAUGGCGAAGAGCAAGGGGGGAUAGGAAGGGAGCACCCUUCUUGGAGGGGGAGCAACCGGAUAUCCGCAGAGGAGGCGAAGGAGAAGAUGGCCUCUGACACUCUCAGCGUGGAGGAUGGCUUCGUGGAGCACGCCAAUGAGCUGCCUAUGUACAAGGUUCUCCCCAUCCUCCUUCCUCUUCUUCACCUUCUAAUUUUUAUUAGUAAAACGCUCGCUGGUCCUUCUGCCCUUCAAACAUCGCAUCCUGAGCAGGAAUCCGCAUGGAGAGACUUCCUCACGUACAUUGGCCCUGGAUUUCUCGUUUCCAUGGCAUAUCUUGACCCUGGCAACUGUGAGCUCUCUCUCUCUCGCUCUCUCUCUCUCUCUCUCUCUCUCUCUCUCUCUCUUCCUGACGUGAAGGAAAUAUGGAACAGUGGAGACGGAUCUGCAAGCCGGAGCUAAUCACGGUUACGAGGUACGAUGUCCCUCAUGAUUGUUAGAUCCUCCGAAACCUAUGGAAGCCUUGUUCAUGCAACUAAGGGAAUACGUGGGCUGAGUAUAGAUUUAGGCCCAUAAAUAUAAUAUAUGAAGGGACCUGGGGUAGUUUGGAGUAGGUGGUCUGAAAUAUUGUCUGGUCCUAAAACGACAAUUUUUCAUUUUUAAAUACGUAUUAUAUAAAUAUUAUCGCUCCAGUUAAUGGAAAAUAAAUAUUUUUUUAAUGAAAGAAAUUGUGUGGGGAAAUUAAGAAAAACACCCAUAUCCUUCCAUUUUAUUUUUUUAAGAUGGUACUUCAAGACUUGCACAUCAAGCCAGAGGACCUUUCGAUAAAUAAUCCAAAAAUCGAGGUCGUUCCUAUCAUAUUUCUGUGUGUUUAGGGAUCUCGAUGAUAACAAAAGUCAAGAUGGCAGCCUAAUUUUGGGUUUUCCUCAGCUGCUGUGGGUCGUGCUCCUCGGCCUGGUCUUCGCGCUGAUCAUCCAGUCCUUAGCAGCAAAUCUAGGCGUCACCACAGGUACGUGAAUAUGAAGAAGACGACAGUAGAUGAGAGAGAGAGAGAGAGAGAGAGAGAUGGCGGCUCUAACUCGUGUUCUACGAGUCCGCAGGGAGGCAUCUGGCUGAGCUAUGCAAGCUGGAGUAUCCCAAGUACGUGAGGCUCUGCCUGUGGGUGCUGGCGGAGCUGGCGGUGAUCGCCGCCGACAUCCCGGAAGGUCUGAAUCCCUAAUCAGCUACAGCGCUGGUUAUCUGAAGUUCACUCCUACCUUGAUAUUUUCUGGCCUGAAGGAAGACAUCAUCUUCUCCCCCAGUGAUCGGGACGGCCUUCGCCCUCAACAUCCUCUUCAGCAUUCCCCUCUGGGUCGGUGUCCUCAUGACGGGGACGAGCACGCUCCUCCUCCUCAGCCUGCAGAGAUACGGGGUAAUCCUCUCUCUCUCUCUCUCUCUCUCUCUCUCUCUCUCUCUCUCUCUCUCUCUCUCUCUCUCUCUCUCUCUCUCUCUCUACUGGUUAUGCGAUUCGAGAAUGAGAGUGAAGUACAGGUCCGGAAGCUGGAGCUGAUGAUAGCGAUGUUGGUGUUCGUCAUGGCGGCGUGCUUCUUCGGCGAGCUGGCCUACGUGAAGCCGCCGGCGAGGGAGGUGCUGAAAGGCCUCUUCAUCCCCAAGCUCAACGGCGACGGCGCUGCCGGAGACGCCAUCGCCCUCUUGGGCGCUCUGGUUAUGCCGUAAGCUCUCUCUCUCCCUCCUCUUCUCACUUUCACCGCCCAUACAGAUCUUCCUCUCACUGAAACAAUCCUUCACCUUCCUCAGCCACAAUCUCUUCCUCCACUCCGCCCUUGUGCUCUCCAGGAAGGUCCAUCCGUCCAAAGGAGGAAUCGACGUGAGUUUGAACAAGACGAAGAUAUAUGAGAGGACUUAGACGACGAGGAUGAAUCGGCUUCGCUAACCUCUCAUCGUCGUCUCAGAAAGCUUGCAGGUACUUCCUCCUCGAGAGCGGAUUCGCCCUCGCGGUGGCGCUGUUGAUCAACAUCGCCGUCGUCUCCGUCUCCGGCACGAUCUGCACCGCCGAGGACCUCUCGUCGGAGAACGCGGAGCAAUGCGGCGAUCUCACCCUAAACUCUGCCUCCUUCCUGCUGAAGGUACGCGGAUAUUAUUUGAUCCUCCUCUUCGUGGGUCGCCUCCAUUCUCAGCCCUCCUGCCGGCUCCGGCUUGCAGAACAUAUUGGGGAAGGCGAGCUCCACCGUGUACGGCAUCGCCCUUCUCGCCUCCGGCCAGAGCUCCACCAUCACCGGCACCUACGCCGGCCAAUACAUCAUGGAGGGCUUCCUCGACCUGAAGAUGAGGACGUGGCUGCGGAAUCUACUGACCCGCACCAUCGCCAUCGCCCCCAGCCUCGUCGUCUCCAUCAUCGGCGGCUCCUCCGGCGCCGGCAGGCUCAUCAUCAUCGCCUCAGUACACUCUCUCUCUCUCUCUCUCUCUCUCUCUCUCUCUACUUUCUCUCUCUAACUGACGGAGACCAACCGGGGGCUCAGAUGAUACUCUCCUUCGAGCUGCCCUUCGCCCUCAUCCCCUUGCUGAAGUUCAGCAGCAGCCGCACCAAGAUGGGCCCCCACAAGAACUCCAUCUACGUAAGUUUUCUCUCGCCGGAAAGUCGCCGGAAAACUCUGCUUCGCUGAUCUGAGAAACCCAUCGUCUGCGAGAAUCUCAGAUCAUCGCCGCCUCGUGGGCGCUGGGAAUGCUGAUAAUCGGGAUCAACGUCUACUACCUUAGCACGAGCUUCGUCCGGUGGCUCAUCCACAGCCCCCUGCCGGUGGCGGUGAAGGCCGUCGUGGGAGUCAUCGUCUUCCCACUGAUGGCCGUUUACAUGGUCGCCGUCGUUUACUUGAUGGCUAGGAAAGACGCCGCCGUGACAUUUGAGAUGCAGAAGGCUCUCAGCGGCGUCGGCCCAGCGAAAGACGGGCCGCAGCAGGAGGAGCUGGCGGAGGUUGACAGCCACGUUGUCACGUGA